AAUUUACUGAAGGGAGCAUUUUUUUCUGUUGCCUUGGUAGCGAUUACCGAAAAUCCAUCAGACAGACAGCCAGCCACGUAGUUUGCUAACUAAAUAGAUUACGAAUGGACGUUAAAGAGCGAAGUGAGUUCUUGACUAAUUUUAAGUCAUACGAAAAUAAAGUCAGAGAAAUAUAGCAACGAUUGCUCAGCUAGGAUAUAAUGUUGAAAUGCUAACGUUAUCUAAUGUAUUGUGCAAAUGUCUUGUCUUUUUGAAAGAUCUGCUGGGUGGUGGAGAAAACAUCGUUGAAAUGGUGGAUUUGGAUGAGGAGAAUUUUGCUGUUUCAAAGUAUGUGUGCGUGUGUCUGUAUGUCUAUGAGGAAGUGAGUGAAUGAGGUAACGUUAAUUUAGAAGAUAAUGGUCAUUGUUUAUAUGUUAGGUUGCUGACUGAUUUAUUCUCCCCAGCUCAUCAGAUGCAGAUGCAGCCUUUGAUGCUGUCAUUGGGAGUAUUGAAGACAUCAUCAUGGGUAAAUUGGACAAAACAUUUUUUUUUUUGUGGUCUAGACAUGUUUCAGUUUAUCAACGUUAAAUGGAUAGCUCGCUAAUGUUACUCCAUUUUCUACUCAGAGGACGACUUCCAGCACAUGCAACAGAGCUUCAUGGAGAAACACUACCUGGAGUUUGAUGACUCAGAGGAGAACAAACUCACCUAUACACUCAUCUUCAACGAAUAUGUAAGGCACUAUACUCUGUUCAUCUGCCUCCCUCAUCAUCAACUGUCAAGUAAGGUAGAGGGUCUUAAAAAACUAUAUGUGAAAGUGUCAUACAUAUUCUGAUGUUUACUUCUACCUCCUCAGAUUGAGCUGCUGGAGAAACAACUUGAGCAGCAGCUGAUGGAGAGAAUUCCCGGUUUCAACAUGAGCACAUUUACCCAUUUACUCAAGUAUGUAAACCAUUUCCACUCAGGAGUAAUUUUACAUGCCACUAAGUGGUUACCAACCUUUUUUGGUUACUGUACCACCAACUUGCUCUUCCAGUAAGCCUAUGGUCUCAUGAGUCUUCACAAGUACCCCCAGGGGUCCUAGCACCCCUCGUUGGGAACCACUGCAGUAGGUGGCACAUUGCCCCUUUUAAACCAAAUACCUCACUGUAUUUGUUUCUCAUUUCACAAAAAUACAUUUUCUCUCUCUCUUUUUUAUGUUUCAGGCAGCACAAAGACGAAGUGUCAGGAGACAUCUUUGACAUGUUGCUUACUUUUACAGACUUCAUGGCCUUCAAGGAAAUGUUCAUUGAUUACAGAGCAGUGAGUAAAAACCCAGAAUGUUUGGAAUUGGAUGUACAUUAUAACAGUAUAUUUUAGGAUCUGUACUAGUGAUUUGUUGAGAGAAAAUUGUAGAGGAUUCUGCCUCUUUGUGGUUGUGUGAUGUUGUCUCCGCACCCAUGCCUCCUCUGUCUGCAGGAGAGGGAGGGCAGAGGGCUUGACCUAAGUGAUGGCCUAGUGGUGAGGUCUCUCAGCUCUACAUCCUCCAAACCCAUCACCUCCAGAACAACAACAGAACUGAAGUAACUAAUAAAGAGUCAUCCCCAAACACACGAACAUACGCAUUGACCAAUAGUGCACUGUGCAGCUGACAACAGAACAAAAUUGUUCGUCUUGCCCAUGCCCUCCAUUCAUAGGGGACUACAUGUUAGCUCAUUUUGAACAUCUGUCUUUUUCCCAGCUUUUGUAUUUGAACUGUUGCAGGUUUGCAAUGGGAAUGGUGUCAGUCAGGUUUGUCUUUAUUUUGCAAUAUUUUACGUAUUGCCUUUCUCUGGUUAAGAUAGACACCUUGGUCCUCACGGUGGGGUACAAUUUUUUUUAUUACAUUUGUGAACUCAAUGACUUGUUGAGUUUUGUGCCUGUUACAUUAGUAACACGAGUGUCUGAAGUUUUCUUAAACGCCAAAAGGUGUUUUUGUAGGUCAAGCAUUUUAGACAGACUAAACAGUAGCCUAGUUACUCAGCCCUUGGCAUUGAUGGUAAGGAGGACUAUAUGCACCAGCAAUGGGAAAACACUUUAGAAAUGUUUUCCCCCUAAUCCUGAUUGUACUCAUAGCCCUCCACAACAAACAGUAUAUGAAGCCUGAAAGAAUAAACCUGGUACAUUCAGCCCUAGACUGUUUGGUCGUUGGUGCUUUCUCAGAUCCUUCUUUCUCAUUUGAACCAAUGGGAUCCCUUUCUGUAAAAUAAUUUCAAUAAUAUUAGUACAACAUUUGUCCUAUGUAGUAGUCUUAUUGAGAAUAAUAUUAAGUGUUUUAAUGAAAUGUAUUUAUGUCACUGGUUUGUACAUAGUCUUAUGUCCGUCCCAUUGCCUGUAAAUAAGAGUGUGUUUCAAAUAAAG